UUGUUUUCUCGGGAUUUACGUCGUUCCCGCGUGUCUCUCCUAGUGUUGUUACUGUUGUUUGCCGCCUAGAUUUUCAGUCGUGUCGUGCGCGGGGAUAUGAACUAAAAGAACAUCACUUUUUGGUUGGGAGCGUGAAAAUCUUUAAGAAGCCAUUCUAUCAUUUCUUACGAUUUUUCCAUGUUUCCUUUUAUGAAUGAUCUGCCAGUAACAAAGAUGACCAUUUUGUUUUGGGGAAUCGAGUAUUGUUCAGUCACUUGAGCAAUUUUUCUGAAGACUCUUUGAUGUACUGUCAGAUGCACAGGGAAAGAAAAAAAAAGGGAACCUGUGUGCCACAUUUUGCCAUUUCUGUCUUUUCUUAUGAUCCGCUGUUUCCUACUAGAUGUAUGAUUUGCCAGUUAAACUCAGAUAAUGAAAGAUGACAUUUUUUUGAUCGAGCAACAGCUGAGUAUUCUUCAGUCACCUGACGGAUUUUUGUGAAAAUUCUUUGCUGUACUUCCGAUGCAUACUAAAGGAAAGAAAAAUCGUUUAACAUUGGCAUACUUCCUUGUUCCUUCCUCCCCAUGCUCCAUUGGCAUAGUAGCAUUAAUUCUUCUACCACAUGGUUGCGUUUUUACUUCGUAUGUAUGUUGAUGUUGUAGCAUCUUGUGUCCUAUUCUCUGAAAUACGUCUACUUGCCAUUGUAUUGAUUUUAUUCUUGUCGGGUGUUUAUGUUUUGAGGCAGUUGACUAAUUUCUGUUUUGUUUGAAACAUCCAAACACCUUGUCACAAGUUCAAGGUCCUGUUCCAAACGGUUUAAUACUUUGUUGGUUUUUUUUAUUUGCUUUAUGCUAAAGGAGCUUGUUUGCUUACUGUAAGUGUUUACUGUAACUAGCAACUGAGCAAGGAUCAGCGAGUUGUUUGUGAUUAGCUGAUUACUGUACCUUUUCUCUUGCGUAAAUGUUCCCUUGGCAUUUAGCAUCCCAUUUCUGUCAUCCAUUAGAAGAUUUACAGAAGAUAUUUUUCCUGAUAAUUUUGUUGCUGGGAGGGUACGAGUGACACGACAGUGAGUUGCUCGGCCUCUUGAGCUGCUCCAGGGGCGACUCAGGGGGCAACGACCCGCGCCGCCACAAGCCCCCCGCCAGCGAGCCUCCUCCCCGCUGCCCCCGCCCCUGGCUCCGGCGGUGGCGGGCUCCAAGCCACUGCAGCAGGCCCCUAGCACCCCUAUGGUGCUGAGACAGUUAGGGACAAGUUCUCAAAGAAUGGUGAGGUUAAACAGACUGGAAAGAAGCGGAAGAAAGGGGAUGCAGGGAAGUUUUCUGUUACAAAAAUGUUGAAGAGAGAGAAUGCAGAACAAAAGAAGGCUUCAUCCUCCAAGGAUAAAGAUUGCGACGAAAAAAAUAGGAAAGGGAAGAAGAUGUUGACUGGGGAGCAGGCCCUAAUGUGCCACCAGUGCCAGAGGAAUGAUAAAGGAAAGGUGAUCUGGUGUAAUGCAUGCAGGAAUAAGCGCUUCUGUGUGCCAUGCAUUGAACGAUGGUAUCCUGAUUUGUCAGAAGAUGAUUUUGCUGCAAAGUGCCCAUAUUGUCGCAAGAACUGUAAUUGCAAGGGAUGCCUACGAAUGCGAGGAGUUGAAGAGCCUCCAAAGAAGGAAAUUUCUGAAGGAAAUCAAAUCCGUUAUGCUUGUCAUGUUGUGCACUUGUUGCUUCCCUGGUUGAGAAAACUGCAACAGGAGCAGAUGGAGGAGAAGAAAUUAGAGGCUAAAAUAAAAGGUGUUUUGGUGAAUGAGGUGAAGUUGGAACAAGUUGAAUGUAAUCUAGACGAGCGUGCCUACUGCAAUAAUUGUAAAACUUCUAUAGUUGAUUUUCAUAGAAGCUGCAAGUGUUGCUUUUAUGAUUUGUGCCUUGCAUGCUGUGGGGAGAUCCGCAAAGGUGAGAUUCCUGGAGGAGAAGACAUAAAGAUGGUAACGCAUGAUGACUAUGAAAAUAGAGGCGAGGCUUAUGUUUUUGGUACUGCUUAUGAUGAGAAUACAAGGUUCUCUUUGAGAGGGCAUAGCUCAUCCCCAAACACUGAGCCUUCCAAUGGAAUGUGUUCUAGUGAAGGCCCAAAUAAAACUCUGCUACUGUGGAAAGCAGAAAGUGACGGUAGCAUACCUUGCCCACCGAAGGAGCUAGGAGGCUGUGGUGGUUCAGUUUUGGACCUCAAAUGCUCAUUCCCAGAGAAGAUGCUUUCUGAGCUAGAAGAACGAGCUGAAAAAAUUAUGAGGAGUGAAGUAUUUGCAAAAGCAGUAGCAGAAAGGAGUUAUCAGUGCCCUUGUUAUGACCAUUCAGGUAACAUAAGAACUCAGGAUGUGCGAGAGGCUGCAAAUAGGAAAGGCUCAAGUGAUAACCACCUCUACUGCCCAGUUGCCACUGGCAUCAAGGAGGGUGACUUGGUGCACUUUCAGAUGCAUUGGACAAAGGGUGAGCCAGUUAUUGUUUCUGAUGUUCUUCAGUUGACCUCUGGUCUCAGUUGGGAACCAUUAGUUAUGUGGCGGGCAUUGCGAGAGAAAAAGACUAAUGGCAACAUCGAAGAUGAGAACUUUGCUGUCAGGGCAAUAGAUUGCCUUGAUUGGAAUGAGGUGGAAAUUAAUAUACACAUGUUUUUUGUGGGAUAUACGCGAGGCAGAACUCACCCUACGACACACUGGCCUGAGAUGCUUAAGCUAAAGGACUGGCCGCCAUCUAGUUCAUUUGAUCAGAGAUUGCCUCGCCAUGGUGCAGAGUUUAUCAGCGCAUUGCCAUUUCCUGAAUACACUGAUCCUCGAUAUGGCCCACUAAAUCUUGCAGUCAAGCUUCCUGAUGGUGCCUUGAAGCCAGAUCUUGGACCAAAAACUUACAUCGCUUAUGGAUUUAACCAAGAGUUAGGCAGGGGUGAUUCUGUGACCAAGCUUCACUGUGACAUGUCUGACGCGGUAAAUAUUUUAACACACACAGCAGAAGUGCCUGAUGAGACCUAUCCACCUAAGAAGAUAGAGAAAAUCAGAAAGAAAAUGAAAGAACAAGAUCUUCAGGAACUUUACGGUGGAUUAGAAUCCAGCACUGAACAUAACCUACCACCAACUUCUACUGAUUCCCAGAAUAUAACUGUUGAUGAAACAACCAAGACCUCAUGUCAUGAUGGCUUGGACACCAAUGCUCUACCACCUAUUGAUACUGAAGGUGACGUUGAGGAUAAACCUCCAUCCCAUGAAUCUAAGGAGAGUGGAAAGCAUGAGAGAACUGGUGGUGCCUUGUGGGAUAUUUUCCGAAGAGAGGAUUCUGACAAGCUACAAGGUUAUCUUAAGAAACACGCCUCAGAAUUCCGGCACAUCCAUUGCAAUCCUGUAAAGCAGGUUAUUCACCCAAUUCAUGAUCAGACUUUCUACUUAACUGAGGAGCAUAAGAGAAAGCUCAAGGAGGAAUAUGGUGUUGAACCCUGGACAUUUGAGCAAAAGCUUGGUGAGGCGGUGUUCAUUCCUGCUGGAUGUGCUCACCAAGUCAGGAAUUUGAAGUCCUGCAUCAAGGUUGCGAUGGACUUUGUUUCCCCUGAAAACGUCGACGAGUGUAUCAAACUGACUGAAGAGUUUAGGCGGCUUCCAUCUGGCCACAGGGCUAAAGAAGAUAAACUGGAGAUUAAGAAGAUUGCUCUUCAUGCUCUGAACCAAGUUGUAAAUUUCUUGGAUGUUUCCUCUGACGGGUUGAAGAGUGGGGCUGGCCAGCCCAAGAAUAAAGAUGAAGCUGGAGCUGAAGCUGAAGCUGAAGAUGAGAAGAAGCCUAAAAGGAGGGGUGGUCACCAAAGGCGCAAGGUGAAGAGCGAAGGCAGGUCCCAUGACAAAGCUGUUGAUAAGAAGCCCAAAGGGCAGGGCGGUCGCCGAAGAGGUGAGCUGAAGAGCAAAGAUGUGAAGGCCAACGGCAACGCUGCUGUUGAGAAGCCUCCUAAAAGGCGGAGCGGUCACUUGAAAGGCUCCGGCGACAGCAGGUGACUGAUGGGUUAGUUUGACAGGGAAGUUGGUCGGCGUUGUUGUUGUAGGCCGACCGGGAAGUGGUCAUUUUAGAAGAAGGUUGUAGUCUAGACUGCCAAGGCAUUGGUCACCCCCUGACGCCAUUUCGGCGUGUGGCUUUUGUUCAUAUGUGGUGAUGCCGGCUGACACUAUUUUGGAAGAAUUGCGUUAGAAGCUAGAUGCCCGCUGUACAAGACUCUCGAUGUGGCGGGUGUGGUGGUAGGCUGUUCAGCGCAUGUAAUGCUGCUGCUGAUAAUUGGGUAGUACUUGACCUGAGUAGUACUGGUCACUCAAGACUCUUGUAUUAGAACAAAAGAUUCUGGUAUAUAUAGUUAUAUAUCCAGUCCAUGGAAUGAACCUUCUUUAGCUGA